AUGGAGAAGUUUACACAAGUCUCAGCUGUUAACUAUACCAAACCGCAUAGACAAGUCAGUAGCUUGAGAGCUGAGAGGAUCCAAAAGCACUUAAACAAGAUCAACAAGACUCCUGUCUUCACUAUCCAGAGUCCAGAUGGUGAUGUAAUAGAUUGUGUACCAAAAAGAAAGCAGCCAGCUUUGGAUCAUCCACUCUUAAAGCAUCACAAGAUUCAGAGAGCACCGACGAGAAUGCCGCAGAUGAUGGGAAAGGAGAGAACCGAUGAUGUUAAAGAAGCAGCCAAUCUAUUGGAAAGUGCAUGGCAAAUGUGGCACGUGAACGGCACGAGGUGCCCCAAGGGAACUGUUCCCAUACGACGGAACACAAUGAAUGAUGUGCUCAGAGCCAAGCAUUAUUUGACUUUGGCAAAAAGCGAUGUAGUAUUGACCUUGCUCGGAGGACAGAAAAGCCUGAUGCCCUUUGGCACUAGUGGACACGAGGUACACUGA